CUGCCAUUUUUGCAGGAAACGAAAUAGCUAACAGUAAACGUUAACGGUUAAUAUCUAGCUAUAUGAAGCAUAAUGAUUAUAUUUUGUUACAAUGGAUUAAAUGUAUCUUUGAGGAAUCUGGAAAUGUGUUAAAAUAGUGGAGUCAAAAAUAUCUUCAGUGUAACGUCACUUUCUGCAUGUCUACGCUUGAGAAAGGAAAUCUGUCAAUACAAAUGAAAAUACCCACACGAGGCGCCAACUGCUGACCAGUAGAGAUGUCGGAAGAUUUGGUGAAACAGUUGAACAGCUACAAAGCCCAGCUACAGCAAGUAGAAGUUGCCUUAUCGACCGACUCAGAAAAUGAAGACCUUCUUAAACUUCAGAAAGACUUGCAGGAAGUCAUCGAUUUGACAAAAGACCUCCUGACCUCACAGCCCACUGAUAGCGCUUCUAGUACCGAUGGCUCGGAAACGGUACCCCUGAAGCAUGGCUGGAAAGUGGGGGACAAAUGUAUGGCUGUGUGGAAUCAGGACGGACAGGUGUAUGAGGCUGAGAUUGAGGAGAUAGACCGGGAGAACGGAACCGCAGCCGUCACCUUCGCUGGGUACGGGAAUGCUGAAGUGAUUCCUCUGCAGAACCUCAGAGCAAGAGAGGAGGGGAGACGUUCUGACGAGGAUGGGAGUCUAAAGCCGAAAUCAAAGAAAGAGCAGAUAGCGGAGCAGAGAGAGUAUAAGAAGAAGAAAGCACAGAAGAAGGUACUGAGGAUGAAGGAAUUGGAGCAAGAGAGGGAGGAACAAAAGUCAAAGUGGCAACAGUUCAACAACAAAGCCUACUCAAAGAACAAGAAAGGACAGGUAAAGAGGAGCAUAUUUGCAUCUCCAGAAAGUGUAAAUGGAAAGGUUGGAGUGGGAACAUGUGGUAUUGCAGACAAGCCAAUGACCCAGUACCAUGACACGUCAAAAUACAAUGUCAGACAUCUAAUGCCUCAGUGACCUGAUAUGUUCUGUAUAUAAUAAUCCACUGUACACUAGCUGUUUCAGUGUUUUCCAUUGUGUUUAUACAUGAUUUAUUUGUCCCAACUAAAGAAAGCUUUGAAAGGAAUUGCUUGCACACCAUUGUUUGAAAUAUUGAUGUAGUUUUCUUAUAUAUUAUGUAGGUACAACAAAAAAAUAUCAAAUAGAGGGGAUUUUCCCUGCACUGGAACAUGGUCAGUGUUAUGUAAGAACAGGAAGUGGUGUAGAAAAGCCGUAGGGUUUGCUGUUUGUGUCCAGGUUUCACUAAGGCCAAAUACCUGCUAAAAGAGUAUAAACGGGGGUUAAAUUGGGGCUCAGCCCCACUACAUAGGCCUACGCUUUUCUAUGUCAUCGGUAGGCGCUUAGGUCAGAGAAACUGACGGCUUUAAUAACGGAAUGUAAAUGGCUUUGAUAUUCUAUUUAAGGGCAAAAUGAGUAGGAUUUGUCGGUCGCCGUUCUUAAACACAACAUUCAAAACGAGUCCCUCCUUCCCGGCUCGACAAGGGUUACGUUGCUCGCCAGCAGGUGAAAGCCAACCCCAGGUUCACUCUGGUUUUGGAAUGAGCUUUGUCCACUUCAUGUCUUGACUUACUAUAUUUUCAUUUUUUGUCCACCAAUUUCGUAGCUUUCUCUUGGAUGUGUGCUUAUGAUCUGGCACCUAGUCGCAAUGUUUUUAGAGGUUGAUGCCCAGAAACGUCCCGAACACAGCAAAAUAAGAAAAUGCAGGCAGAGAGCAGGGUCUCUGCAGAUACAGACACUGCCACACACUUCCAGAGGGUCACAAGUGAUGAUUGAAAGGGAUUAUUUUUGUAUGAGUCCAUACAUUGUUUUUAAGGAAAAUCUUACUCAUUGGGCCUUUUCAAACACUGUUUUGCUCUUACAAAAUGAUACUAUAUCUUUUUUUAAGAUGGUUUGCAGCAGGUUGCCUCAAAUUUUUGGUAGCUAGCAAACCUGAAACCACAAAGCCCAAUUUAACCCCUGAGUAUAAAUAUACACACCUGCAGAUUUUGGUUUGUAAAUUUGAAGCUGGAUUUUAAACACUGACCCAUUGUGAGGGAGUCUGAAUGUCAAUAAUGGUGUUGAUUUAACAUGGCUGAAUUUGCGUUUUAAUUUCUGUGUGUAUAUAACAGUGAAAUAAACAUUGUUUUGUUUUCAGUUUUUUAAAUGAUUGCUUCAUUCUGACUGUUUUUACAUUACAUUGUUGCUCUGUUGGGUCCUAUAGGAUUUACCAUUAUUAAUAAAUCGAGCAGCAUGCUGCAUCUGUUAAUACAA